AUGAGUCCCCAAAUCGUGAGGAUCCCUGCGUCCGCCGCUGAUCGCAGAUUCCCAAACCUACUCAAGGUCGGAGACGAAGCGGUGGUCCCGUUGCACGACGUUCAGAACUUGAUCGACCAAGCUGUUCGACGGAGCGAGGAUCGUAUGAAGGCGAUGGUCGCGGAGGCCUUGACAUCGUGCCGCGGGCAGAUGGAAGAGCUCAAACAGGCUGUCAACGACGCUGAGCUCCUGUUAUCGGACCUAGUGGCUCCUCAACACGUCAUCUCUCCGAAGGAGGUGGAGCCUACAGGUGAUUCUGCGAACAGCAGCUGUGGUGCGGCAGAAGAAGGCCGGACGACAGUCCUUCGAGCGGCUCCAGGCACCACUGGAGGUCCGAAGGACACCACGUCGUUUGGAACAGCUGAAUCGUCACCAACCUCGGACGGCCAUCGUUCGCAGGGCUCCGUCGACAGUAAAGUUGCGGACAUCGAGGCCCACACCGAGACGCUCGACCGGCGAACAGUCGUUCUCCGCGAUAUGUUGCUUAGUUACGCCCGCCAAGCCAAGGUCCUCGCAGAUAAGGUGGAGGCUUUUGAUAACUUCGCCACCGACACUGGGAGGCGGGCCCCUUUCGCCAAGCGUCCUGAACCCACCAUCGACUGCUUAGCGAAGGCUGUGAACUCGCUCUAUUGGGAUCUCAACUCCGAGGCUUCGGCGAGGAAGCAGCUUGCGGUUAAGACAUACGGACUCGCUUUGGCUUUGGCUCGUGACAACGACGGAGGAGAGCUGGGUAGGCAGGACUAUGCCGCCAUCACACAGGAGCUGUACCGUGUUGCGGAUAACGCGAAGAACGUCGAUGCUAGUGAGCGCGCUGCCCGCUAUGCUGCCUGGUUUGAGCAGCGCAUAUGA